CGAAAUUUGUGCUGUCGGGACCAGUUUUCAUCGCAAUCGCAUUUCUGCUGCCACUGGACCCAUCCAACUUCCCAUCCAUCCACCCAUCCAUCAAUCCAUCCAUCCAUCAUGGCACUGCGACAUGCUGGCCGGCGCGUGGCCGUCUUCCUGAGCGGCUGCGGCGUUUACGACGGUGCAGAGAUUCACGAGGCGUCCGCUGCUCUCGUCAGUAUCACCCGCGCUGGCGCAAAGCCAACCAUCUUUGCACCCAACAAGGCCCAGAUGCACGUGAUCGACCACACCACCGGCAACGAGAUGAAGGAGGAACGCAACGUCCUGCUCGAGUCAGCCCGCAUCGCUCGCGGGGACGUGAAGCCCAUGGCGGAGUUUGCAGCAGACCAGUUUGACGCCCUCAUUGUUCCCGGCGGCUUCGGUGCCGCAAAGAACCUGUGCGACUUUGCCGUCAAGGGAGCAGACUGCACGGUUGACAGUGAAGUCGAGGCGGCAGUGCGUUCCUUCCACGACACAAAGAAGCCAAUGGGCUUCUGCUGCAUCGCUCCCGUGAUCCCCGCCAAGCUGUUCAAGGGCAAAGUGACGGUUGGCCUUGAGGAGGGCGACGACUGGCCAUAUGCGGGCACGGCUGAGGCGAUUCGCACGAUGGGAGCAACGCACGAACCGCACGACCUCUCCUCCGUGUGUGUUGACGACGGCAACAACAUUGUCACAUCGGCCGCCUUCAUGUGCAACGCGCCCUUCCACCAAAUCCACGACAACGUUGCGGCGAUGGUGAACACGACCUUGGACCGCAUCAAGGCCUAAGAUCCGCCCGCCACUCGCGCGUCCUGCCAAUGCUCAUGCAACUGGCCCACUGGCACUUUGUGCACUCGCUUUGGUGGACAUCAGCUGACUCUUCCCACCACCCAACAACAACACCAAUCACCAACGUAAGCUUACAUCUUCUUCUCUUCUCUUCUUAUCAGACAACACUGCUUUCCCCCACCCCUUCCAAGUAAAGAACACAAUGGCAGGUGUUGGGUGCCUGGCUCGUGUAAUUCGAUACGC